GCCCUCCCCUCCCCUGCGCCGCGCCACGCCCGAGACCGAAACCACUCCACUCCCCGCUCGAAUCACCGCGCGCCAACCCACGCUCUCGCCUCGUCGCACGCGAAGCUAGCUGCUGAGGCCGCGCGCGCUCGGGGCCGGCCGAGGAACGGAGCAGCGCUGCAGCAGCGGGUACGGUACACGACACCCCGCGCGCGCGCGCGUACGGGCACGUGUUGGUAGUUGGUACUUGCUGCCGCGACGACGCUUUUGAGUUUGAUAGACCAGGCGGGAUGGGGAGCGCGGAGGAGGAGAGGAAGGCCGGGAGCGAGGCGGCGUUCACGGACUCCGCCGACGGGAGCAGCUCCAGCUCCGACGCCGCCUCCACUGACGAGGGGCCGCCCGUGGCGCCGGCGCCGGCGACAAGGAAGGCGGGCUGCUGCGCCUCCGACACCGAGGUGGCCAAGCAGCAGCACAAGCACAAGCGCAGAGCAGCAUCAGCAGAUAUGGAGAUGAUGAAGGAGAGGUUCGCGAAACUGCUGCUCGGCGAGGACAUGUCCGGGAGCGGCAAGGGCGUCUGCACGGCGCUCGCCAUCUCCAACGCCAUUACCAACCUCUGCGCCACGAUCUUCGGGCAGCUGUGGAGGUUGGAGCCGCUCCCGCCGGAGAAGAAGGACAUGUGGCGGCGGGAGAUGGACUGGCUGCUCUGCGUUAGCGACCGCAUCGUCGAACUGGUCCCCACGUGGCAGUCAUUCCCCGACGGAACCAAGCUCGAGAUCAUGACAAGCAGACCACGGUCUGAUUUAUAUAUCAAUCUGCCAGCGCUUCGGAAGCUAGAUCAUAUGCUCCUUGAAAUCCUGGACGGCUUCAGAGACCCAGAGUUCUGGUACGUCGAACAAGGUAUUGCCGCACUGGAUUGCGAUGGCUCCGCCUCCUUCAGGGCGGCUUCCCACCGCCGUGAUGAAAAAUGGUGGCUGCCGUUGCCUCGCGUGCCUCCCGGGGGCCUUCGCGACAAAACAAGGAAGCAGCUGCAGCACAAACGUGAUUGUGCAAAUCAAAUCCUGAAGGCUGCCAUGGCCAUCAAUAGCAAUGCUUUAGCUGAGAUGGAGGUCCCUGAAUCGUACCUCGACUCCAUACCGAAGAAUGGAAGGGCAACAUUGGGUGACAUCAUAUACCGCUACAUAACGUCUGAUCAGUUCUCCCCUGAGUGCCUCCUCGACUGCCUGGACCUGUCCACGGAGUACCAGGCCCUGGAAAUUGCAAACCGUGUCGAGGCAUCCGUCUACGCGUGGCGCCGGAGGGUUGCUGCCAAACCAGUCAACGGCUUGGGCCGUACCGGCAGUGCUAGAUCAUCUUGGGGCAUGGUGAGGGGCAUGAUGAUAGACACAGAGAAACGGGUGCUGCUUGCUGAACGAGCUGAGGGCCUACUAAUCUGCUUGAAGCAAAGGUUUCCUGGACUGACACAGACAAGCUUGGACAUGAGCAAAAUUCAGUACAAUAAGGAUGUGGGCAAAUCAAUUAUGGAGAGCUAUUCAAGAGUUCUUGAGAGUUUGGCUUCAAACGUCGUCACUCGCAUUGAUGAUCUGCUGAAUAUCGAUGAGCUAAACAGACAUGCUGAACAUUUCUCACCACCAGGUGACCCAGACUGCAAGAUUGCUUGCAGCCAGUCCGUGGUUCCAUCCUUCCCAGUGCCUGCCUCAGGCACACCGUUCGUGACUGCGUAUGCCACGCCUAGCUUCUCGCCGGCGCAACUGUCAAGCCCGUCAAGGAAAGAGAGAACGUCGCUGACUCCAGGCAGACGGUCACUACACAGCAGGAGUGCUGGCGCAAAGAAAGCCUUGACGGAUCAUGUUGGUACAGAAGUCAAGGGGGUGAUGAUCAACAGCGGUACGAUGAUCGACGUCUCGACGACUACAGAGUUGUAAAUCUAGGCUGAUAGACUACUUACUAGUCAUGAGAUUACCAAGGACUGGUCUUUGUGUAUACGUGUGCCAUCUGUGUGUGCCUGUGUUCUUAACUGUCAUACUGUAUGAUUUCUUGGUGAUAAGGCGUGUGUAGUGUGUACUGCUACUUGCUGACCGCAUGAUCAAGUGGUAUCAUGAUUAGACAGGUGUAGUUCGUGCCCUGUACAAGCAGCUUCAAUCUGGUUUGGAUUUGCUGCACUUCGACUGGUGAAAUCAGCAUAGAUAUAACUGAGGACAUUUACAGUGACAACCAAAUUUCUAGUCCCAAACUUUGAGUUACAUUAUUAUUUAUGAUGGCCCAAAACAUAGCACCUCCGUGUUAGUUACAACUCCGUGUUAACUUGGGCCAAGUUAAGGUCAAAGCCCAACGAAAAUAUACAAUAUGUGUGUAGGCUUAUCCAAUGUCAGGAUUGGGAUGGGCUGGACAUAAAGCAAAAUGAGCCAUGUGUGCUAUAUUUGUGCGAUUGAGUAAAGUUGUCAUCGGUUCGUG